CUUCUGAUCUCCUGUCAGACAGAGACCAGGGUUUCCGUUUUUAAACCAGAUGUGAUAUCCCAGUUGGAGCGAGGGGAAGGACCAUGGACAUCAGAGACAGAAGUCUCACAAGUUGUUUGUUCAGAUUCCAUUAUUCAGAAGACACAAUGUGAAAACUUGGACUGGAUUCAAAAGCAAGAUAUUUCUCUGGGAGAGUCAUCUCAGGAGAUAAUCAGAAAGAAUUAUCCCUGGUCUUCCAACUUGGGAGGAGCGUGGGAAUAUGAUGUCAGGCUAGAGAAACAGAAAGGCAACUGGAGUAGACAAUCCAAAGAAGUUACAAUAUUUCACACAAAAACUAAUGAUGAAUUGAAUAUUAAUGAAUGUAAUACAUUUGGAAGAAGGUUUAGUCUAGCGUCAAUCAUUGUUUCACCACAGAGGGUUCCAAUAGGAAAAAUUCUCCAUAAAUAUGAUACACUUAAUAAGAAUUUCAAACAGUUUUCAGAACUAAAUAAACAUAAUAGAAUACCCUAUUCUAUUUGUAAGUAUAAUAAAUGCAGAAAGCCCUUCACUUACCACUCAGACCUUAUUCAGUAUCAUAGAAUACAUACUGUAGAAAGACCAUAUGAAUGUCUUGAAUGUGGAAAAUCCUUCACCAAUAAUUCAAUCCUUAGAAACCACCAGAGAAUUCACACUGGAGAGAAACCAUAUAACUGUAAUGAAUGUGGUAAAGCCUUCAACCAGAGAGGUCACCUUACUGAACAUCAGAGAAUUCAUACUGGUGAGAAACCCUACAUCUGUAAUGAAUGUGGGAAAGCCUUCAGCAACAACUCAAUACUUAGGAGCCAUCAGAGAAUUCAUACUGGAGAGAAACCCUACAAAUGCAAUGAAUGUGGGAAAACUUUCAACCAGAGGGGCCAUCUUAAUGAACACCAGAGAAUUCAUACUGGAGAAAAGCCUUUCGAAUGUCCUGAAUGUGGGAAAGCUUUUAGUCAUAGAGUAUAUCUUACUCUACAUCAGAGAAUUCAUACUGGAGAAAAACCAUAUAAAUGUAAUGAAUGUGGGAAAGCUUUCAGCCAGAGGGGACACCUUACUGAACAUCAGAGAAUUCAUACAGGAGAGAAGCCCUAUAUCUGUAAUGAAUGUGGGAAAGCCUUCAGCAACAACUCAAUUCUUAGGAAUCAUCAAAGAAUUCAUUCUGGUGAAAGACCCUAUAAAUGUAAUGAAUGUGGAAAAACCUUCAACCAGACAAGACAUCUUAUUCAGCAUCAAAGAAUUCAUACUGGUGAGAAACCUUUUGCAUGCACUGAAUGUGGAAAAGCCUUCAGUCACAGGGUAUACCUUACUCUACAUCAGAGAACUCAUACUGGAGAGAAACCCUAUAAGUGUAAUGAAUGUGGGAAAACUUUCAGCCAGAGGGGGCAUCAUACUGAACACCAGAGAGUUCAUACUGGAGAGAAAUCCUUUCGGUGUAAUAUAUGUGGGAAAGACUUCAGCCAGAAGGGUCACCUUACUGAACAUAAGAGAAUUCAUACUGGAGAGAAGCUCUUUGAAUGCAAUGUAUGUAGAAAGAGUUUUAGUCAUAGGACAUCCUUCAUUAAUCAUCAGAAGAUUCAUUCUGGAGAGAAACCCUAUGAAUGCAAUGAAUGUGGAAAAGCUUUCAGCAAUAACUCAAGCCUUUGGAAUCAUCACAGAAUUCAUACAGGAGAGAAACCCUUUGAAUGCAAUGAAUGUGGGAAAGCCUUCAGCCAGAGGGGACACCUUACUGAACAUCAGAAAAUUCAUACUGGAGAGAAACCGUUUGAGUGUAAUGAAUGUGGUAAACACUUCAGCCAUAAAACAUCCUUUAUCAAUCAUCACAGAAUUCAUACUGGAGAGAAACCCUAUGAAUGCAAUGAAUGUGGAAAAACAUUCAGAAGUAAUUCAGUCCUCAGGGAUCAUGAAAGAAUACACACUGGAGAAAAACCUUUUGAGUGUAAUGAAUGUGGAAAAGCUUUCCGUCAGAGGGGCCACCUUGCUGAACACAGGAGAAUCCAUACUGGAAAGAAACCCUUUGAAUGUAAGGAAUGUGGGAAAGCCUUUAGCACCAGUUCAACACUUAGGAAACAUCUUUGUAAGCAUCUUUCUAAACUUUAAAGCAUUAGUCAUGACUUAUAUGAAAAUAAAUAUUGAAGGGAUGCCCGAUAAUUAUGCUAAGGGAUGCUGUUGGCAUAUGCUUCAAAACUCAUCAGACGUCAGAGACUUUAUGCUGGAUGUUGAUUAGGGAUGUAAUGUUCUACAGAAAAUUUGUUGACUUCUCAUUGCCAAGUACUGGAGAGUCAAUAAGUCAGUAGGUACAAAGUUUUUGGUGCUUUUAAUAGAUCAAAAUAACUUUGUUUUCCAUUAUGAGUUCAUUAAUACUUAACUGCCAUCAGGCAGCAAUGACAUAAUGUUACUCAGUACAGCAACUUGUGUUGGUUACAAAUGAAUGCUUAAACUACAAGAUUUCCAAAAGAAUCUCUUUAAUGAAAGCACUAAGAUGUUAUUUAGGAAACAAAUUUGAUUAUCUUUGGAAUAAAUGAUUGAAAGACAGUGGAAAAAUUGUCCAAGAUAACUCUUUGCCUGAGAUAUAUAAAAAAAAAAAACAUGAAACAUUUCAUUCUGGAAGUUUUUCUAAGAUUUAUAUUGAUUUACCUUGGAUGUAAAUGGGUCCAAUUUAUAGGUACCUACUGUUUUGUAUUUUGGUCUAGAGUAAAACUACAGAAUGUCAUUGCCAGAAGGCAUUCCAAAAUCAUUUAAUCCUACUUUCCUACUUUGUAGGAGGGACCUACUUUGUAGGUCAGGAAAAGGAGAAUAAGGAUGAAAUUCCAUUUUAAAAAUUCUCUCUUUCCUUUUGCAAGAGCACAUGAGAAAUUCUAGGAGAAUUCAGCCUGUGUGUAUUUGGCAAGUGAGCAACGACUCCUUGGGGAGAGCUGACUCUAAGAAUAAGGUAUGAAUGGAAAGGACUGGUAUCACAAUUUGUAUAGCUGCCUUUCCACAUGGUUGUGACUAGCCUUACGAGACUGGCAUAAAAGGAAUACCAGGUUAGAUUCUUCAUGGGCUUACCUUUGACCUGGAGACAUCAAGGCUGUGAUAUAAAUUUCAGAUGUUGAAGCAAAGUCUUCAUUACACCUUAGGUGCCCCUCUUACUUCUCUAUAAAUCAUAGGAGCAUGUUAAUUAGAGCUGGAAAAACGCCUUGAGAUCAUAUAUUCCAAACUUCUCACAUUACCCUUGAGGAAGCUUAGGCCAGAGAGGAGAAAUGACUUGCCAAAGAUGAUGCGACUAGUAAGUGGCUGAGGUCAGGUUCAAACCCAUAUGUUUGAGUCUACAUUUUGUGCUUUGCCCCAUUGUACUCCCUAAAGAUUCCUCCCUAAGACCAUUCCUCCUCUGCUUUGUAUAGAGUCAUUGGAGUGCUGGACUUGGAGAAGGAAUGGCUGGCCUUGAGCCCCACCUCCAACAUUUAUUAGCUAUUUUAUCAUGGGCAUAUCAUUCAAUCUUUCUGACCCUGUUUACUUGUCUGUAAAGUGGGAAAAUACUUGCAGUACCCAUUUCCCAGGGUUGCUGUGGGACUUAAAUGAGGUCAUGUAUGUAAGAUGCUUUGCAAAAUAAGAUAUGUCAGUUAUUGUUAUAAACCAUAAUCGCUUGCUCUACUUAUAUACACUCCAGAUACACAAAUAAACCUUUCGGUCCAG